GACAGAUUUCAGACGCGACUUCUUAGGUUAGUGACUGAACUACGUACCCUGCCCAGCGCAUUCUUGUCCUCAUCUUUAGUCAGGGAAGGAUAUCAUUGAUUCAUCUUAUAUACUACUACUAGUACAAUUAUCUCUCUUAUAUAUGAGCGAGAUUUCUAGAUGCCAUUCAUUUAUCAGUAACAUCAUGCGCUUACGGCUUGCCUGCCUACUUCGAAUGAGCCUCAACCAAUGAUCAACAUAUCACUUUCAAUUCUUCAUUUUUUUUAAUACCGACAAAAGCGACAAAAGCUUUUCGACGCCAUCAUGAAUCAAAAUGGCGAUAAUAUUAACCUCGCCGAAACGAAAACCAAGAAAAUACAUCCCUUCUUUACUCCAAAGAACGCAGCAAUUGAUGGCUUAUCGAACAUUGUCACUCCCGUUACGCCAGAUCCCUCCUGUAGCCCCCACUCUAUCGAAAAUGAGACCGAUGUAAGCAUCGCAUCUACAUCUGGAAUUCGUAAAAGAAAGCGACGCCAGGUUGAAGAUGCGCAAAGCGAUUCUUGUUCAGCGACUCUCCCCAAACCGCAAAAGGUCCUAAAAUUCAACCGCGCAACUGGAACAAUAGGCUCCCCUCCGAAACUCCCCAUACCGCAACCAAAUGCAAAACAACAAAAGACGAGACGAAGGCGAAAAGCUAAAACAUUUAUGGUAUCUAUAUCUUAUGGUCAGGAUGGCGAUGAUGCUUCUCGACUUGAAACAGGCCACCAGAUCAAUGACCUGCUUGAUGCGACUAAAGAUGCCACUAUUACUACUAUAACUACAACUACCACUCCCCCGAAGAAUGGGCCUAACAUUCUCUCCGAACCACCACCCUUAAAUCGAGACAACGACGAACAACUUACCAAUGAGCCAAAUAUUUGCAAGCAAGACUCAGUGGAGAGAGCGCCUCAGAGCAGCUCGUGCAAGGGGAAUGAAAUUCCCAAGAAACCCACUCAUCCAUUUUUCCAAGGAAGUUCAAAAUCAAACAAUGCCACGGAGGUUCUGCAAAAGCCCGAGACGAAGCCACCGCGUGAGAAACAAGUAUUCUUCGGUCCUGCUUCUAGCGCAUCUAGAAACCCUCGACCAGCACCUUCAAGAUUCAGUCUUCCAACUCCCGGUAUGAGCUCCGGCAUUCUUAAAGUGCCCGGGGCGCGGCAUCCAACUUGGCCUUCAAAAGAAACAGCUCACGUACGAGGCGAUACAUUGUACCCUCUCUCUGUUAGCGAUAACACACGAAACGGCCAGAUUCCAAAAAAGCGAAAGGCCAAAGGCCAGCAAGUUCGAAUUGCCGAUUCCGAAUCUAUCCUCCAUCAUACCGCUAUGAAUCUGAAGUUAAAGCAGACGGCUGAAGAAUUAAAGGCAUUUGACAACGAUGACUUUCAACCUCCUCCGCCCAGCCUACGAAUUCCUCAGAGACACUUUGAAAGUGGAAAGAAUCUUCAGGCGCGUAUUUCAACAGAAUUGAAGACCAUUCGGCGAAAUAAUGGCCCCUCAAAGACGCAUCCAGCAAUCACGUUUGCCCAUGAUUCCAUUAGAACAGGCCUCUCCGCUUUUGAUAUGUCAACUUGUGAGACAACAGCCUGGGCUCAGAAAUAUGCCCCCUCAUCCGCAGAACGAGUUCUUCAAAGUGGUCGAGAGGCCGAGCUGUUACGUUGCUGGCUAGAGAACCUUAAGGUGCUGUCUGUGGACACCGGCGGAACGGACUCUGGAACUAAGCCUAAAGCAGUCGCUCUAGUUAAGGGGAAAGGAAAGCGAAAGAAGAAGUUAGAUGGCUUUAUUGUUUCGAGCGAUGAUGAAGCAGACGAGUUAGGUGAAAUUUCUGAUGUGGAAGAGGAUUGGGGAGCAAAUCGCAUCCACGGCAGCGCAAAGAAGACCUUUAUUCGGCCUGGUUCUUCCCGUCAAAAGUCUCGAGAUGGCGGCCGCUUUACUAAUGCUGUAGUCCUAAGUGGCCCUCAUGGUUGCGGCAAGACCGCUAGUAUAUAUGCUAUCGCCAAGGAGCUUGAUUUUGAGAUAUUUGAGAUCAAUCCAGGUGCUAGGAGGAACGGCAAAGACAUCAUGGAAAAGGUUGGGGACAUGACACGAAAUCAUCUAGUACAGCAUCAACACAAAGACGAUACACCACAGGAAGAAGAAGUUUCCGAAGAUGAGGUGGAGCGAGACCUGAAAUCUGGCAAGCAGGGCAGGAUGACCGCUUUCUUCAAGCCAAACGCAGCUGCACCCCAGAAAUCAGUCAAGAAAUCAGUCAAGAAACCGAUUAAGAAACCGACCGAGUCACUCACUAUAAAUGAGUCCAAGAAGUCGCCCAAAUCUCAGAAACAAUCUCUGAUUCUACUCGAGGAAGUCGAUGUGCUCUACGAAGAGGACAAGCAAUUUUGGGCGACGAUUAUCUCCAUGAUCUCCCAGUCCAAGCGCCCUUUCAUCAUGACAUGCAAUGAUGAGGCCCUGGUUCCUUUACAGAGUCUAAACUUGCACGGCAUUUUCCGCUUCUCCAGUCCUCCCAAGGAUCUCGCCGUUGACUACCUACUUCUCGUCGCAGCGAACGAGGGCCAUGCUCUUCGAAGGCCCGCCAUUGAAGCGCUAUAUGACUCGCGCAAGCACGACCUUCGUGCUUCGAUAACCGAGCUGAAUUAUUGGUGUCAAAUUGGGGUGGGAGAUGUACAAGGAGGAUUCAACUGGUUUUACCCUAGAUGGCCCAAAGGGAGCGAUAUCGACGAGGAAGGCCAUGCCAUCCGAGUGGUUAGUCAGGACACUUACCAACCGGGUAUGGGUUGGCUGAGUAGAGACUCAGCCAUCAAUAACUUGUCAUCUCAAUCAUGCCAGGAGGAGCUUCGCCGGCAAGUCUUCCAGCACUGGUCACUCGACGCGUAUGAGCUGGGUUCAAACUGCGGUUUCUCUUCAUGGGCGACAGCAGCUACCAAUCAGCGUCUCUCCAAAAAGGAACGUCUUACCCUUCUAGAAGCAGUGGAUUCUUUCAGUAGCUUCGCGAGCGACGCGGAUAUUGGCGUAGCUGAUUUCUCGGCAAUUCCUACCAAAAGUUCCAUGGACGCCUCCAUUCCCAGCCUUUCAUCAAAGGCCAGGGAAGAUUUCAUCAUUGGCCGACAAUUAAUCGAGGCAUCUCCAUUAGUACGAUACGACACCAUGCGGUUUGACAUAGCUACUAGCUUGAAAGACCUCAGUAGAGCACUGCUAGGAGGUGCCCAACCUAUUCACGGAGCCCCAGAUAUUUUCAAGCCUUUAGAUGAAGUUAAAGCCACCUCUAUCUUAACAGAGCAUUUCGACGAGUCGCUAUAUGUAGAGCCGCCGAUUGCGCGAUUGGACUUCAGCUGCGCGUUUGAUCCCAUCGCUGCUUCGGAGAAAACCAUGGCGGCUGGCUAUCUCGACCCAUCGGUAUUCGACGGAACUAUGAAGACAAUCACUCUAGACAUAGCUCCCUACGUGCGCAGCAUCGUAGCAUACGACCAGCGACUUCAGCGACAGAGACUUGCCCGCAGCAGUCUCCUCAGCGAAGGCGGACAGCCUGGCAAGAAACGCAUGCGCACGACAAGGAGUUCGUAUUCGGCUCUCGAAGGCGGCUCCAGAGCCAGUGCCAGGAGAGACAAGUACUUCUCCGCAGACGUGAAUCCGCAUCUUGUGCUGCGCACCGGUGGCAAGGGCUGGGAUGCCAUUACGACCAAGGUUACCAGCGAAUGUAACAACAAGAUAAACAGUGGCGCAGAUGACUCCGAGGAUAGUGAAAGUUAAUGGAUGGCUAGGGUCAGAGUUGGGGGGCUAAGAUGAGAUAUCAAAGCCGAGUCCUAAAAUAUUGGUCUUUGAAGGCAUAGGCGCAAUGGUGGUUAUUCAUGUUUGCAGUUCAGCAUUGUGCGGCGUUGCAUUAAGCCACGGGGAGGGCUUGCUAUUUACCUACAGUAGUAGCCCUGGAGGUGUACAUUUGUUGCUUUGCAUUCCAGCUACAUCGCAAUUAUACGUUGCAUACAUGAAAUCGCAUAUUGGUAGAUAAAAAUAAUGCAAUGCGCACUGCACUGGUUGUCACAAAUCUCGUGUCUAUUUCCAAGGUUACAUACCAUACCUAGUAUCUAGGUAUCCAAUAGAUACUACGUAGGUACUGUAUUCCUUUUAGAUGUUUUGUUCCAUCAUGCAAUUGAAUAUCGUGUAAUCGUCUCUGGUAACUGGAUGAUACUACCCGUUUGGCAGUUCAUCCGGUAAUACCCAUCAUCGUUAAAUACAUACAAGGUAUCACUAAAGUGAUCCUAACGUCUUUUGUGUUGCCUUCUUUCUAC